GAGAGGAGCCAGAAAACAAAAUUUAUUGCAAAUAUUUAGGAUUCUUUUGACAGACAAAAUGACAUAAACGCUCUGAAGAGGGACCAGGGAACACUAGAUAAUUGUUCAAAAUGUAGAAAAGGGGACCCCUUUAAGCUAGACUGGGUUAUUAAGCAGCUACUAGAAAUACUUGGUCAGUCAACAAUAUACUGUAGUAGGUACCUAACAGCCACUCCCGAUAUUGUGUCUGGAUUGCAUUAGGCUAAUUGGGGUUACACUGCUUGCUCCCCGUAAUUGUAAUAGUAUAAUAAUGCGUAAAAUGUUGUGUAUGUGUUGUGUAUUAGCAAUAUUGAAGUGCCAUUUAUGGAAAAGGAGGUGCUGGGGAACCAUGUGCAGUUUAUAGGAGGAGGUUACCAGUAUCUUGGUAACUAGAAUGUACAUAGUUGUCCUUAAAGUAGUGGUAUGAAAUAAAUCAGUUUGUUGGCACGGCGCAGUUGCGCAAACGGCUUGGCGUGAUGACAACUUAGCCAUGCCCUGCCCGCGUUCACCAAUACAUUUUCACCUGGCGUCUGGCAUGUGUUUGAUAGUACCUGCAUAUUAGGCUACGUUCAAACGACGGGACCUACUCGCAGAAUUCCAACACUCAAAUCACAAGCUGCACUCUGCGCGAGGCACGUAGCGUACAUCACAGAUCUGCACAGGCUGCCGUACUACAGCGUGUCAGAGGGCGCUAGCGAUAGCCCAGAUACAGUAGGGCACAGAGCAAUAUUAAUGUGUACACUUCACAGCAGUCGUCAAGUCCCACCCCUAGUUUGAUGUCAGUGUUCCUCUGUCACCCUGCCCUAACGAACCUGGAAUUCCCGUGGUUAUCACAGUCGGAUUCCGUUUAGCAGACAAUUGUCAGUGCUUCUGGUGUUUGUGCAUGCAGCAGUAUGGAUCUGACGAAGCUUCUAACGGAGAACGACCGCUUUCCUGCAAUACCUCCAGCCCCGUCCCUGCGCCUGCUUCACGGGUAAGGAGGUUCGCACAGGAGAGGCGAGCGAUCCCACAUCCCAGAGUGAUGGUGGUAUUUUCGGCCCAGACCGAGACCGACAAACCAGGCGAUGCGAUGUCGAGUUCGGAUUCUGCGGAGGACGAUUUCCGAAAGCCUGCCAUUCCCAAUUUAAACCUGGGCAAGCCUCUUCGUACACUUAACGCGUCCCAGGAGUUCCCCGAGGUCGUCCCCUUGAACGUCGGCGGCACGUACUUCACCACGCGUCUGUCCACGUUGCGUCGCUACGAGGACACCAUGCUGGCGGCCAUGUUCAGCGGGCGCCACCACAUCCCCCGCGACGCCGAGGGCCGCUUCUUCAUCGAUCGAGACGGAGCGUAUUUCGGGGAUAUCCUGAACUUCCUGAGGGAGGGGGAGUUGCCCCAGAGGGAGCAUGUGAGAGCCGUGCACAGGGAGGCCCAGUACUAUGCCAUCGGGCCCCUGCUCGACAGCCUGGAGGACACUCAGCCACUCACCGGGGAGAAGGUGCGCCAAGCUUUCCUUGACCUCCUGCCCUACUAUAAAGACAAUCUGGAGCGCAUCGUGGAGAUCGCCAAGCUGCGGGCCAUGCAGCGGAAGGCGCGCUUCGCCAAGCUGAAGAUCUGCGUCUACAAGGAGGAGAUGCCCAUCACGCCCUACGAGCGGCCGCUCUUCAACUCGCUGCGCUUCGAGCGCUCGGAGAGCGAGGCCAAGCUGUUCGAGCACCACUGCGAGGUGGACGUGUCUUUCGGGCCCUGGGAGGCGGUGGCCGACGUCUACGACCUGCUGCACUGCAUCGUGAGCGACCUGGCGGAGCGCGGCAUCACCGCCGACCAGCAGUGCAUCGGCGUGUGCGACAAGCACCUCAUCAACCACUACUACUGCAAGAGGCCCAUCUACGAGUUCAAGAUCACGUGGUGGUGAGGGCGGGAAUCGAAGGUCGUCCGUCGCCGUUUGUGUUCCGCUGGCUUCCGCUCCCUCCCCUUUGCGACGAAGGGCGGACUCUGGCCCCGGGCCCCGGGCCCCGGGUCCCGAGGCCCCCAGCGGACCCCUUGCAGUGUGAGAUAAGAGGGUCAGGGGUUACGACAGCCUUUUCCAAACGCAUCGAAACCCCCCCACCCCCAGCGCUACCGCUGUGCUUACUGACCCGAUUGCGGUUGCGAUGCUUCUGUUUUGUCACCGACUACUAGUUGACUAGUACGACUGAUAAGUUUCGUUUUGUCGUGUUUGUUUUUUUCCGCACGACGUCCUCACCCUCUUUGAGUUUUGAUUUUGAUGGGUUUUUUUAUUUUUUGUUUUAAGUGACUGUUACUGUUAUUUAUUGUCAUCUCGUUUUGUUUUAAACUCUGGGAGGUUUCCUGUGCAUCCACAUACUCAAGCUCAUGCGAUGUCAAGGUGUUCAGAAGCUGGUGCGACUGGACUGUUGUGAAACAGUGUUGCUUGUCCUGUCUCACUGUGGCCAUCUUGCUGCUGUUGUUUUCACUGUCGUAGGUUUUAUGAUGGCAAGUGCAGUAGGAUGUGUUCUAGGCAAUGGCUAGUGAGAGUCCUCGUAACAUAACUGGCCGAUUUUAAGUGACCCGAACAGAUGUCUCCCCUGUAUAUAUGUAUUUGUUUUCUUUUUGUACUGACUCUGUACUUACAUGUUGUGCUCUCUUAUGUUGCAGGUUUCCUCAGAUCUAAUGCAAGGCUUUAAGCAGCCAGAAUUUGCCAGAAACAUUAAUUGUUGAGGGGCCCUGCAAUUUAAUUUCUUCAUGGCUAGUGAGGGGUUAAUACAGAGAGGAAGCAGCAGUUGUCCAGGAUCAAAUGGCAUCAGUAUGCAAGACAGGUUUUUGAUGGAAGCUAUUUUUUUAUUUUCUAUUUUUAUUAUGAGAUCGGCUCAUUUGUUCUUUUAAAGUUGAUUCAAAUGCACUUUUUUCUCUGUAAAUCCAAAAAAAAAAACGUUUGAACACAGUAAGAGUGAUUAGCAUACUAUAUGUCACCGUGCGUAUUGGUGCAGAUCAAAGACAGACACAAGUAGACCAGAAGUAGUGCAUAAUAAACUGUAUCAAGAGGAAUACUGUAGUCCGUCGCCUUGUGUUGCUGUACGUUAGACAGUGCUAUGCUAUGGUUCAAUCAUUUUGUCUUGUUGACCGUGCUCAAUUAUCCUGUCUUUAAGACACAGCGGAAAAUACGGUAUAAGUAAUCAGUUUGUUUAAACGAACAUGGAUAUGGUUGCUCGUCUUCAUGUUGCACUGCAAAUAGCUUGGAAACCCGCAGCUUCUAAUACGUUGUGGGUAGAUUUUACGUGGGCAGCCCCAAAACCAGCUGACUUGUGACAAUGCGGCUGUGGAUGUAUUGGCCUGAAGACUGCACGUCUUAUCCUGGACAUUCACGGCACAUAUUUGUUUCAGAUUUUUCACUCUUGUAGAGUUCUGUCAAAAGUUAAAUUUUUAACUGGAAAUGCUAGAUGACCUGUAAAAGGGGACAAGAGUCCUUUGUCCUUCCAGCGAAACCCCGAUAACACUGAAUAGAAUGUGAAUUGUGUAUUUCAGUACUAAACAGCAUUUAUUGUCUGAAAAAAUCUUCUCAUCUUUGCACUUCCUCGAAUGAUAACUGCUUCUUCAGUUUGCUGGAGUCGGGAUGAAAGGCAUUUAAACAAUAAAUUCUUAGAGGGAUAAUAUGCAUCCACCUUGAGUCUUCAUCUUUGAUAUUCUGACAAUGACAGUAUGACAGAUAUUCUGACAGUAUGUUUGUUGUAUACUGUUUUUAGUAUACUUUGUGGGCUAGGCUUUUACAGUGAUAAAUGCAUCUUAAUAUAAGUUAUACAACUGCACAAGACAAUAUCUUCCUGACCUGUAGUCAGACUUCUGAGAGUAUUUUUCUUUUUAAAAAAUUAUAAUUGUAUUAAUUUUACUUCAUUUUUGUUCAGAUGUUCAGAUUGAUGUUGCAUUUUUUUCACAAAAGUUUCACAUUUGUUUAUGUGAAAUCCUGAAUCAGAUUUUGGCUGUACUAAUUAACAGAGAUUAAAAUGUCAAUAGCUAUUAGAGUCCUAAAGUGAUGUGUGAUGUGUUGGUGAAAUUUCGAAUUGCCAGUUUGAAGUUACCAAUUGUAGGCAGCAAUCAAUUUUAUAUUAUUACCUGAAAAUCAUUUUUUAUUUUAUGUAUUUUAUUUUAUAUUUAUUUGACAGGGACAAUGCACAUUGAUCAACAUCAGUAUUCUGUGAUGUAAAUGUGCCAGAUUUAGCCAAAUGGCUGAUUUCCAUCUGAUGUCCCAGUCCAGGCUGAUGUUAUCACAUUGAUAACAAAAUAGUGUACUAACAUCAGCCUGCCAGGGAUUAGCCAAUAAACGACUCAAACUGUGAGUGACAGACUUUCUCUGCACGCAGGUAUGGUAUGCUAAUGUUAGCCAUGUGUAAAUUGUAGUUUUUAUAUCAAUGUGCAAAACCUAUUUACUUUCAUUCUUUAUUAAAUCACCAUGGUCUCA